AGUUGGCUCCUCCUCCUCCAUCGCGGGCUUGACGUAGAAUUGUAACCUCUCACUUCUAGUUUCGCUGAUCUCCAUUUUCUGUAGAACGAGGUGUUUCCGCGAGAAAGAGAAAAAUGGAUGAAGAAUAUGAUGUUAUCGUUUUGGGGACUGGGCUGACGGAAUGCAUCCUCUCGGGAAUCAUGUCCGUGAAUGGGAAGAAGGUUUUGCACAUGGAUCGCAACAGUUACUAUGGGGGAGAGAGUGCUUCCAUCACGCCACUAGCAGAUUUGUACAAGCGGUUCAACCUGCAUGGCUCCCCCCCAGAAUCCAUGGGUAAGGGGCGAGACUGGAACGUUGACCUCAUCCCGAAGUUCCUCAUGGCCAAUGGUCAGCUGGUUUCGAUGCUGCUGAUCACGGAUGUGACCCGUUACCUGGAGUUCAAGGUCAUCGAAGGCAGCUUCGUCUUCAAGAAAAACGCCAUCUACAAAGUGCCUUCCACUGAAUCCGAAGCCUUGGCAAGCAGUCUGAUGGGGCUGUUCGAGAAGCGACGCUUCAGGAAACUUCUAAUCUAUGUUGCCAACUUUGACCUGAACGAUCCCAAAACGCACGAGGGCCUAGACCCCCAAACGGCCACCAUGAAAGACGUGUACGAUAAAUUCAGCCUGGGCCAAGAUGUCCAGGACUUCACAGGUCACGCUCUCGCCCUCUACAGGACAGAUGAGUACCUGAAUAUGCCAUGCAUCGAGGCUAUUAACAGGAUUAAGCUCUACAGCGAGUCUUUGGCCAAAUACGGCAAGAGCCCUUACCUUUACCCACUGUACGGCCUGGGUGAGCUCCCGCAGGGAUUCGCCAGAUUAAGUGCCAUCUAUGGAGGGACCUACAUGCUCAACAAGCCCAUUGAGGAGAUCGUCAUGGAGAACGGCAAGGUGGUGGGAGUGAAGUCCGAGGGAGAGGUUGCACGCUGCAAGCAGCUAAUCUGUGACCCCAGCUACAUGAUGGACAAGGUGAAGAAGGUGGGUCAGGUGAUCAGGGUGUUGUGCCUCUUGAACCACCCUAUCAAGAACACCAGCGACGCCAACUCCUGCCAGAUCAUCAUUCCCCAGAACCAGGUCAACAGGAAAAAUGACAUCUACGUGUGUAUGAUCUCCUCCGCGCACUGCGUGGCAGCCCAGGGCAAGUACGUGGCCAUCGUCAGCACCAUGGUGGAGACCAGCGACCCUGAGGGGGAGAUAAAACCCGCCCUGGACCUGCUGCAGCCCGUGGAACAGAAGUUUGUGAGCAUUAGUGACCUGUUUGAGCCAGUGGACCUCGGUACUGAAAGCCAGAUCUUUAUCUCCCGUUCCUACGAUGCCACGACUCACUUUGAGACCACCUGUGAUGACAUCAAGGACAUCUUCAAGAGGAUGACGGGCAAGGACUUUGACUUCGGAGAAAUUCAGCGCAGGAAGGAUGACUUCUCGGACAAAACCUGUGAAUAGUAAAAGAAUCAACACCCCACUCCUUAAGUAUAUCAUAUUUACAACUGACUGUAAUCAGACGGAUUACAGGCUGAUGAUCCAAGUUUGUUUUGCCCAUUCAGGAACUCAAUAAAGUAUAACUUUGUAUUGUUGGGAUAGGCCGCGGUGGCCUGCUUUUUAUAAUUGCGUUUUGACAAGUAUUGCACUGAUUGUUGGUAAACACCCCACAUUUAUCUUGACAUCAUGUGCUGAAUUUUUUUUCCUGUCUAGUUAAGGGUGUUUUGCCAAAGAUGCCAAAUAAUAAGUUUUUAUCAAAGUGGUUACAGGAGGAAUAUUCAGUACUAUUAAAUAGUAUUUUUGUUUCUCUGAAAAACUGAAAGGAAGGGUGGUUGUGCACUAAGUGUGAACUUCUAGCAGGUCAGUGUUACACAGAAGCGAUGGUAUUUCUGGAAUGACCAAAGCUCAACAAAUUAAUCCCGAGUGGGAGGUAAAAAUCUGUGUUAUUGGUGAUGAAUUACUGGGGUAAAAGCAUCCCGGGGCCUACAAUAGGAAAAGGCCAGACUAGAGUGGGGAGGGGAUGUAUAAGUAAUUUUUAAGUAAUUUUGUGCGUAAGGAAGGACAAUGGUUAAUUCAAUAAGGGCAAUGGUUAACCAAGUUCCAUUUAUCCACUUGGAAUGUGUAUGUGAACAGAUUCUUAAGGGGAACUACUAUGUUUUCAAUGGGGAAGGGCUUUCCAGUUUUCUAGCAUCUACUACUGCUCCUGACUUAAGUUCACCCAGCACAUGGCAAAAUGUAAUAUUUCUGCUGACAACAGAAGGUUCAAACAUUUUGAAUGCAACGUACCCUAGGAAAUCAUUCUUGUCUAUCUUCAACAAAUAAACUGAACGGAUUAAAAGUG